AUGGCAGUCAGCGACCUCAAAGGCGUCCUCGUCGCCCUAAUCACCCCCUUUACCCCCGAUCAAAAAGAAAUCGACACAGCCGCCCUCGAUGCACACAUCCAGCGCAUGAUCGGCGCAGGCGUCCACGGCCUCGUUCCCGGCGGCAGCACCGGCGAAUUCACAGCCCUCACCACCGAAGAGCGCAAAAUCCUCGUCAAGCAGUCCGUCGACUCUGCAGCGGGCCGCGUCCCCGUCGUCGCUGGCAUCGGCGACCUGUCCACCGCAAAAGCCGUCGAGCACGCCAUCUACGCUGCCUCCGUCGGCGCCAGCGCUCUGAUGGUUGUUCCUCCGUUUUACGAUGCGCCCAACUUGGAGCAGUUGAAGGAGCUGCUCAAGGAGAUUCACGAGGAGUCAAAGUUGCCGAUCAUGUACUACAAUAUCCCGUCCGCCAGCGGUGUUUCGCUUUCUCCCGAGGAGAUUGCUUCGCUAUCCGAAGUUGGCGUCACGCAUCUCAAGGAUACAUCCGGCAACGCGCCCGCUCUCACGGACAUGCUCUUCACCGAAGCCACCUCCUCUAAGGUCACCGCCUUCAACGGCUGGGAUACCCUCACAUUUUACGGCCUCGCUGCAGGUGCAAAGGGCUCCGUGUGGGGCGCGACAAACAUAAUCCCCGAGCUGUCUUCCCAACUGUGGGAGGCGCUGGCGGAGAAGAAGGACUUGACUAAAGGCAGGGAACUGUGGGCCAGAAUUUUCCCGAUUUGCAAGUUCCUCGAGGCACCUGGCGACAACUACGGCGCGGCUGUGAAGACGGGAAUGGAGUUGCGCGGGUGGAAGACGGGAGGUAUGCGCAAGCCGUUUAAGCUGCUUGAGGGCGAGAGGCGUAAGGAGCUUGCGCAGUUAUUGAAGGAUGCGGGCGUUGAUGUUGUCGCGUAGAGUGCUUUACUAGAAGAUAGAUUGAAGUCAAUAUUUGACCUGUACUCUACACUGCAUGCUGAAGACCCUUCCCUAAUGUCAUGACAGACCUCGAUAUGGUGCAGAUAUGGUUGUCACACAAAUCGGCGCGCGAAGUUUCCAGCACAGAUCAUCUCCCGGUAAAAUACAUUGACCCGCCUUCACGGUGCAGCAGUCUGGUUAAGCCUCUCGGAACACAGGAUCACUCCGCAGAGAGUAGGAUUUCAUAGUCGGUGGUCGAAGUAGUAUGACUCUUAUGAGAAGAGU